CCGUGUAUAGUCGUAUUCGUCACCCCUUAAAAAAAACCAGGGGAGUGAGAGCGACCGAGUUUGAUAGAAUUGGCGGGAAAAGAAGAGACUCAGAGAGAGACGAAGGAGAUGAAAGGGAAAGCUACGGAGGCGUCGGUGAACGAUCGAUACACGCAGUGGAAGUCGCUGGUGCCGGUGCUCUACGACUGGCUCGUCAAUCACAACCUUGUUUGGCCUUCUCUCUCUUGCAGAUGGGGACCGCAGCUGGAGCAAGCCACUUACAAGAGUCGUCAGCGCCUUUUUCUUUCGGAACAGACUGAUGGCAGUGUUCCAAAUACACUUGUCAUUGCAAACUGUGAAGUUGUCAAACCCAGGGUUGCAGCUGCCGAGCACAUAUCACAGUUCAAUGAAGAAGCACGCUCUCCCUUUGUGAAAAAGUAUAAAACUAUUAUACAUCCCGGUGAGGUGAACAGAAUCAGGGAACUCCCUCAGAAUAGUAAGAUAGUGGCGACACACACUGACAGUCCUGAUGUUCUCAUUUGGGAUAUUGAGGCUCAACCUAAUCGCCAUGCUGUUCUGGGAGCUUCAGAUUCUCGUCCAGAUCUGCUAUUGACAGGGCAUCAAGAUAAUGCUGAAUUUGCUCUUGCCAUGUGCCCAUCUGAACCCUUUGUGCUCUCUGGAGGGAAGGAUAAAUCAGUGAUUUUGUGGAGUAUUCAUGAUCAUAUCUCAUCUUUAGCAUCAGAACCAGGAUCUGGAGGUGGCAGUGCUAAACAUUCUUCUAAGACUGGUGGGAGUAACGAUAAACUCAGAGACAGCCCUUCUGUUGAGCCACGGGGUGUCUAUAAAGGGCAUGAGGAUACUGUUGAGGAUGUGCAGUUCUGCCCAUCUAGUUCGCAGGAGUUCUGUAGUGUAGGCGAUGAUUCUUGCCUCAUACUAUGGGAUACAAGAGCUGGAUCUAGUUCAGCUGUCAAGGUUGAGAAAGCUCAUGAUGCUGACCUUCAUUGUGUUGAUUGGAAUCCACAUGACGUCAAUCUCAUACUUACAGGGUCCGCUGAUAAUACUAUUCGCUUGUUUGACCGCCGAUAUCUCACUUCUGGAGGAGUUGGAUCACCCGUUCAUACAUUUGAGGGCCACAAUGCAGCUGUCCUCUGUAUACAGUGGUCUCCUCACAAGGCAUCUGUUUUUGGAAGCUCUGCCGAGGAUGGCUUACUAAACAUCUGGGAUCAUGAAAAGGUUGGCAAGAAUGGAUCAAAGCCGUCAAAUGCUCCUCCAGGAUUGUUCUUUCGACAUGCUGGGCAUAGGGACAAGGUUGUUGACUUUCAUUGGAAUGCGUCUGAUCCGUGGACGAUAUCUAGCGUCUCUGAUGAUUGCGGAAGUACCGGAGGUGGUGGUACCCUCCAGAUAUGGCGGAUGAUUGAUUUGAUUUACAGGCCCGAGGAAGAGGUCCUCGCGGAGCUGGAUACGUUCAAAUCGCACCUAACAACGUGCCAGGCGUGAUGUCUCCUUUGUUUUCAAGAAAAUGUGAGACAAAACUAACCCCUCCUUCUGUAGUUUUCAAACCAGUCCGCUAAGACAGCGACUUCUGGUCAUCUAAUUUAGUCGGUAGUCCAAUCCUAUGAAACGAAAAGGAAAGCAGAACUUAUUGGUUGAUUGGUGCAGAAACCUAACCUUUCAAAAGGAGUAGCGUUUUUAAAAUCAUUAAAAUGUUCUCAUAUAACCAAAA